AUGAGUGCUAUUGCUGAUAAUGAGUAUACUCCUCAAAAUGCCAAACAUUUCACCAGAUCAUUAAUAUGGAAGACUUGCUACAUUACAAAGAGUUUGAAUAUUCAAACGUGGGAUUCAAGACUAAGUGAAUCUAGAGUUAUAUAUCAUUCAUUAAUUAAAAGGAAAGAUAUGAACAUACCGUGGUGGGAUUUGGAAAGAGAUCAUACUUUUUACCAAUCUAAGGAAAUAGCUUUGACGAGAAGGCAGAGCGUUAAGAGAAAUACAUCGACGAAAACAUCAAGAAGCGUGAAAAAAACACCAUUAUCAACUGUUUCUAUUAGUAAAACUGACGACCCUUUAAAUGCUUCAUCCUCACCUCAAUUGCAUGACCAUAUUAUAGAUGAUUUGGAUUUGUUGAAAACUAUAAUAAUGGAUAUAGACAGAUUGUUUCCCGGAGAAAAAUAUUUCAAUUCUUUAACGCCCUCAUCGUUGGAGUCUAAACGACAAUUGAUUGAAUUACUAUUUGUUUGGUCGAAAUGUAACCCACAGGUUGGCUACAAACAAGGCUUCCAUGAAAUUAUGGGUUUAAUGUACAUAAAUUUGUACAGGGAGGCUAUUAAUGUUCCGAAUGAUUCUACUAUUUCAAAGGAUGAUUUAAAAAUAUUAAGUUUAUAUGACAAGCACUAUUUACGGCAUGAUUUGUUUACUCUAUUCAACAGAUUUAUGGUACUGGGGGGAAUAAUUGGAAGGUUCUAUGAAAAUGAAAGCGUUUUAUGGAAGUCUAUUGAGAGCAUUAACGUAAAUUUGAUGAAAAUUGACCAAUUGAUUCAUUAUAAUUUAAUCAGUAAGUUGAAAUUGGAAUCACAAUUAUGGGCAAUAAGGUAUCUUCGAUUGCUAUUAUUAAGGGAAUUGGGAAAUAAUUUAGAAACUACAAGCUUAUUGUGGGAUAAACUAGUCUCGAUUCAGAAGUCGAUCUCAUCUAUUCCAGAUUUAAUUACUUUUCUAAUUAUAGGACUACUAAUUAGAGUGAAAACAGAAUUAAUCACAUGUGACUUUAGUGAAUGCUUAUCACUUUUGUUGCAUUACCCUAUAGGAAAGGAGUUCUCGAAAUCAUCACCUGAGAAUUUCGUCUAUCAUUUGUUCAGGGAUGCAGUGAAGCUAUAUGAAAGGAGAGAUAAUGACUUGAAAUUAUAUAAUUAUGGUAUCCACCUCAAUGACAAAUGGAAUCCUAAGUUGAAGGUAGUGAUGAACUUUACUAAUAGUAAUAGAAAUAGUGGUGAAUCCAGUAAGUCUGGUAGUCCAGACCCCUCCGAACAAAUAAAGGAAGGAAAUGGUCUGAUGACGAAAAACGAAAAAAUGGCAUUCGAAAAAUACAGAUUAGAAAUGAGGUUAAAGAAGAAAGCUCAACUGCUUAUGAGACCAUAG